GUAUCUAAAGAUUUUCAUAAGCCAUUACAUUGGAGACAUGUCAAGAUGGCCGCGGAGAGCCCAGGAUAAACAUUCACAUCAAGAGGAAAACAUACGAUACUGAUAGAGUAUCAUGAUGGCACAUCAACUUCAGUUAGAGAAUGAAAAAUACAGACAGUGGGUAAAGGCAGGUUUAGGACUUGGAUAUUUAAAGGAGGGGUUGGCACCAUUCUGUAAUGACAUAGCUCACCAACAGCAUAAGGAUAUCUUACAAAACAUUUGGUCCACAAAAUCGCUACCAUCAACUGUGACGUGUGGCAGCUGUCGAGUUGAAACUCUCAAGCCAGACCAUAAGCCGGUAGGGAAUGCUGGAAACAAAGUUUGUCCUUUUGGGCAAGUAAAAUGCAGCUGUCGCUUUACAAGCGGUAAAAUUCCUUGUCCGAACAACAUAUGUGGCGCCAUCUAUGACUAUAUUGUACAGCAUCAUGCAUCCUCACCACCUGCACCUAACUGGAAUAACAGCGAUGCCCAAUUGUGGUCGCUAGACCCUUGGAGCAUUUGUAAGUGUUUUAUAAAUGCUCCAGGGUACGAGCAGAAGCAAUCUGCUAGUGAAACUGAUUGUACUGGGCUUUUGCAUCUAUUGAUAAAUAACCAGUAUUUUCAUAGCCACAUUGGAUGCAAUGUCACAGGAACAAACAACAUUUUUUCAAAGGUACGUCAGUAUAGAAAUGAAUUUUUUCACUCAAGCAGUAUGGAAUUAGAAGAAAGUGAGGCAAAUUCUUUCAUUGAAGAUAUGAUAGCAGUUCUACAAGAUGGUAAAGAGCUAUUGCAACGAUCCGAUGCCCAGAUAGCUGUGAAGAAACUCCAAGAUCUGAAAAAUAAAGACUUCAUUAUUACGACUAAAAGCUUUGAAGAAAUUAUGAGACAAAUCAAGGAAGAAAUGGUUAAAGUUCAGAAAUCGACAGAAAAUGCUCCAACUAAAGAGGAAUAUGAAAAGCUCAAAAACAAACUUGAAAUACAGAUUUCCAACUUAAAAGAGGAGAUAAAAAGACUUACAGAAGAAGAUUCUCCCCAACAAAAACAGUUGGAAUAUGAAAAGGCUAAAUCAGAAUGGCGGAAAAAGCUGAUAGAAUGGUAUCACAAAACCCUGCUGCAAGUUCCUACAACACCUUUACAACCAAAAAGUGAAAAAUUUAGCUUUAAUGAGAUUUAUAUUAUACCCAAAAUAACAAUGGAAAUAAAAGGAGAAAAGGGGGCGACAGAGGAGGUGGAGGUUGCAACAAUGUCAGAUAUCUUCACAAAGAAUGGAACCCCCCAAAAAUCCGUAUAUGUUCAAGGAGAUGCAGGAUCAGGAAAAACUAGUUUUUGUAAAUAUCUGAUCAACUGUUGGUGUUUGGCACACAAUGAGGCUGAUAAUGAAAACGAAGAUGACAGUAGUAAACCUGAAGAUGACAGUGAAAAACAUGGAGAUGAGGGUAAAAAACUUGGAGGUGUCAACGAAAUUGAAGGUGGCAAUCAGAAACAUAGAGGUGAUUACGAAGAACAUGAAGCUGGCAAUGAAAAUGAAGAUGGCAGUAAGAAACAAGGAGGUAAUAAUGAAGGACAUGAAAAACAUGGAGCUGACAAUGAAAAUGAAGGUGACAUUGUAAAUGGAGUGGUCAAGAGGAAACAAAGUAGAGACAUUGAAAGCGAAGAAGGAAGUAAGAAACAUCGAGGUAUUAAUGAGAAACAAGGAGAUGAAAAACACGUGGGUGACAUUAAGAAACAUAGAAGUGACAGUGAUGACAUUCAGGAUGAAGAUGAUGACUUAUUAUACUCUGACUUCUACAAUGAUUACUCUGAUGGUGACUUGACAGACUCUCAAUCUGACAGUGACGACUUUAAAUAUGACAGCAAAAGUUAUGAACUUAAAUUCAAUGGUGUUUUAGAGAUGACAAAAUUUGAUUUUCUAUUUUACAUCCCCCUUAGACACCAUCAAAACAUUGACAUUAUUGAUGAAAUGCUUCAAAAACGCUAUCAAAUGAAAAUUUUAAGUACCCUUCUUGAAGAGGAAUCCUCUAGGGUGAUGAUUUUGCUUGAUGGCUUAGAUGAAUGGUCUUCUGAAAAUGUCCCAGAACAUAGCAUAUUUAAAGAGUACACAAUAGUAACUACUUCACGGCCAUGGAAAUUACAUACAUUAAUAUCAAGUGAUGUGAUGAUUGAACAGUCGCUCAAAUUAAAAGGGUUUGAUUAUAGAUGUCAAAGGGAAAUGGUAGAUAGGACAGUGUCACAAUUAAAUGUAAAAAGACAUGAACAUAAAGAAGCUAUAGAUUGUUUUGAAGUGCUGGAGGAAAAGUCUCUGAAAUGUUUAAAGCAGAUACCAAUUAUGCUACAACAAUUGAUAUGUCAAUGGUUUGAUAGUAAACUUGAUAAAACCUCAAGAUGUGCCAUCUACACCGGUAUGUUAGAACUUUUCUUUACAUGGAAUGACAUGAAAACUACAGGAACAAGUACUCGACUUGUGAAGGAUUCUCUGAAAAUAGAUCUUCCUAAAUAUUUAGCAGAUAAAAACAUAUUAAAAUUAAACAGCCAUUUCAUUUAUAAUGUGUCACAGUUGGCUUAUGAGGCACUAUUUAAUUGUCCAAAGAACAAAUCCUUGACAUUUGACAUUUGCAUGUUUGAUGAACUAGACAUAUCAGAUGAAGUAAGAAAAAAUUGCUUGAAACUUGGAAUAAUGAGAGAAGAUGAAUGUCCAAGUUUAUCUGUGUCAGAACCACCAAGCUCAUUGUUCUCUUUUAUUCACAAAUCAAUGCAAGAAUUUGUGGCUGCAGUGAAUAUUUGUAUCAAUUUCAAUACAAAAAUGGGUUCGUCAGAUAUUAUAGAAAAUGUUGGAUUAGCGCAAAAGUUUAUUUGUGAUAUUUUUCAGAAAUGUUUAACAGUAAAUGACAUAUUAGAACAGUCAAAUGUCGUAAUUUUGUUAUGUGGUCUUGAACCUAGAUUAACAACACAUGUUUCAAAAUACAUAUAUGACACUGUGUCGGAAGACUCUCGUAUUCAGGAAUACAGGAGAUCAGUGAAUAGCGAAGACAAUACAGAAUUUUGUAUUUUUGAUUCUUAUACAAAAUUGAUUGCUGAUAUUCAAAAGCUUUUUUUUGAGUCAAUGAAAGAAUUAAAUGCAUCAUGUAGUGUAGGAAGCUACCCUGUAUAUUAUAUAGGAGAUGUAGUCAUUUCUGGAUGGAAUCAGUAUUGUGAUAUUGUUUGUUCAAGUAUUGAUCAGAAACAAAUUGCUUUUGACUCUGUUCUGUCUAUUUAUGUAAAUAACAUCAACACAGAAAAUGUUAAACUCAUAAAAAAUUUACCAAUGUUUCAUCAUCUUGAAAAAAUUGAGAUAACAAGUGAUAACUAUGAAGAUGAUGAUGAAUUGCAAAGUAUAUCAAUUUCAAAAUGUAAUGAACAGAUGAUUAAUGAGAUUAACAAUUAUGUUUCUGAGACAAUAAAAGUAAAUACUUUCACACUAAAAUCUCUAUCUCUUGUUAGUGACUAUUUCACAGACACAUAUAGCCAAGCAGGUAAAACACUUUUUAGUUACUUUCCUAGUAUGAUCAAUCUUGUAGCAAUAAGAAUGAGUCGUAUAAAAAUGAGUAAUGAUGAUACUACUUCAUUUUGUAAUUUUCUUGAGAAAACCAGUCAUCUUGAACAAAUCUAUCUUGAUGAUGUUAAAUGUGUGUGUAUGAAGCAGCAUGAGGUAAAUUUAUCAAAACAUCAACAACUUCAGUACCUUUAUUUGUAUGAUACUGUUAGUGUGAUAGAUGCUGAUACUACUCACCUUGAACUAUUUAGAUUUAGUGAAUUGAAAGAUAGUAAUUAUGAGAAAAUAUUUGAGAUUAUUAAAAAAUCUUACAAAUUAAAAGAACUUGUUUUGCAUGGAUGUCUUUUCAGUGAAUCUCAGUUAUAUCAUAUCAACAUAACCGAGAGACUAAUAACAGUAUUACCAUUGUUACACAAUCUCAGUGAGCUUGAGUUAUUGUGUUGUAGGUUAACUGACAGUAUAAUACAGUCACCUUUAGAAAUGAAGAGGUUAAAGAGCAUUAAGCUUAAUAAAGUAAUUAUGAGUUUGACAACAUGGCAGAAGUUGGUUGAUAGUCUUCCCGCUAUUCCACAUACUGUGGAUGUGAGAGCAUUGCACUGUAUUGAAUCAGGAGAAGGUGAGGAGUUAAAUGAUAUGUUAACAUUAACAUCACCAGAAGGAUGGAAGAAAUAUGAUGCCCAACAUUAUGUAAAAGAUAAGGAUCUUUUUUUUCAUGUAAGCCUUGAUACCUGUUAUGGCUUUGCAUUUUCAACAAAAAAGUGAUAAAUGAUACAUAUAUGUAACACAGUGUUUGAACUAAAUGUUUAUUUUUCUUUGCAAUGAAAAAUGGUUUGAUUUUUAACAUAGUGAGAGAUGAUACAUGCAAUUAACAGUUUAGUCUUAAAUUAAAAAUUAUUUCAUGUUGAAAGACAUAAUGAAUUAAACUAUUGAAUUUUUAAAGAAUUAUUGCCCUUUUUGAAGUUAAAAAAUCUGCAUUAUCCACACUGUGCUGUCGACAACUCUUGUUCUUCAUAAUGAUAUAAAAAUGUUUAAAUGUUUAGAGCUUAAGUCUGCCUGAACAUUACACGUAAUUGUGUAUGUUUGUGAUAUGUAACCAUACAUACGUUUUAAACAGUAACUGUUAUACUUGUUUGCUUUAAAGGCUCAUUAAUGGGUUUGUUUUUACCAAGUUUUUGCCCUUUUGCUCAUUUAGAAAAAUAAUAAUUGGUUAACCUGAAACGGCAAAUUGCAAUUGGAUAUAUAUUAAGUUCUAUCUACAUUAUCUUUACUAAUGGCUUCAUAAUUACCCUACUUACUUAUCAAUACAAAGUACAUGAUAUUGCCAAGAUAUAUAACUUUGCCAUCCAUUUCCCCCAGUUAUUUCCCUUUUCAUCACUUUAAAAAAGGGCUUUGUAUCGUUUACCUAUUCCGAAAAGUUGGAUUUAUCUUUAAAAUCUCAUAAUUACGUCAUUUAUUUAAUGAUAUCUUUCAUAUUUGGUAGGUGGAUACCUGAAAUGGUCCAAUAAUUAUUAUGGAGUAAGGGGUCUCUAGGGUCAAGGUCAAAGUCAAUGGUGUAAAAAACAAAUUUAAACAUCUGUGCUCAUUCAGCCUUUGUUUUUUAGUUGAUGCCAUUCAUGUUUAGUACAAACUGCAAAUGGAGGUUCUCUUCUUUUGAGUUUAGUUAGAGGCCAUUUGGGGUCAAUGUCAAGGUCUGCAAUGUCAAAAAUAGAUUUUUUACUUUUUACAGGUGAAUUAACCUCAUUCACUUACAGAUGUCUCUUAUUUGGUAGAAACAUAAAAUUGAAUCGUCUUCUUCGGAUGGAGUUAGCGGUCAGUUGAAUCAAGGUCACUAGUGUUAAACAUAGAUUGUUACACUUGUGCCCGUACAGCUUUUAUUUAUUUCAUAUAUGAUAGGAAAAUCACAAGCAUGGUAUUCUUCCUUUUGAUUGAGUUAGGGGUCAGUGUGACAAGGUCAAGGAUGCCAACAAUAAAUUUAUACUAGUUUGCUUUUACAGCCUUUACUUUUUGAUUUAUGUUUUUUAUAUUUGGUAGGAUGAUUACAUGCAUGGUCUUCUUCCACUAAGUCGAGUUUGGGGUCAGAUGGGUCUAGGUCAUCAGUGCUAAAAAGUAUUUUUUUUUGCUUUUGUCUCUAUAGCUUUUAUUUAUGGACAGAUGUAUUUCACAUUUGAUUGGAAGAUAGCUUGCAUGUUAUCAUUCCUUUCAAUUGAAUGAAGAGUCAGUGUGUCAAGAACACCAACAAUUGUUUUCUACGCACUUGCUAAAACAGCCUUUUUACUGAUAUAAUUCUCAUAUUUAAAAAGAUGAUAUCUUGCAUCCUUUUAUUGAGUUAGGGGUCAGUUGGGUCAAGGUCACCAGUGCUAAAAAUAGAUUUUUACACUUUUGCCCAUAUCGUCAUUAUUUAUUGACAGAUGCCUUUCAUAUUAUUAUUUAUUGACAUAUGCCUUUCAUAUUUGGUAGGAAGAUAUCAUGCAUAGUUUUUGGAUUGAGUUAGGGGUCAGUGGGUCAAAGUCGAUUGGGCCAAAGAUAAUAUUUUGUACAUUGGCUUAUAAAGCCUUUAUUUCUAGCCUGAAGUUUUUCAUUUUUAAAAGGAACAUACUUUUGAAAGGCCAGUGCUAGGAAUCACAAAGUCAAUGCCACUUGUAAUGACAAUAGAAUUUCUACACUUUUUUUAUAAAGCCUUUGUAUUUUUUACCAAGAUCUCUUAUUUACAAGGAACAUACCAAAGGUGGUCCUUAAAGUUCGGAUUGAGUUUGGGGCAGCUGGGUUCAAGGUUAAGUAUUGCAUUCACAUGUAAAGAUAAUAGUUUUAAUAAAGAUAAAUAUUUUUCAACUUCAUCACAUGUCAUUGCCAUAGACUUGCCAACUGAUAUCUUUCACAAUUACAAAACGCCAUGAUUCUGUCAAGUGAUAUAACUGUGUUUACAUUUUUGGCAAUAUUCCGUCCUCAACUGAGUGAAUGGAAAAAGUAUUUUUGAAAUAUUGUUACUGACACAAAUCUGAGCCGGGAGGCAUUUAUGUUUAACAAACUACUUUUUAUGUUAAGAUACGUUUUUUCUUAUGAGCACAUGCAUCAAACAUGUUUGUUUGUGACGUUGAAUAUAGAUUAUAUAAUUCUAGUACAUUUGUAAACAUAUAAUUUACAUGUACAUGAUAACAAAUCUAUAUUGGCCAUAAUUCAUGCUAAAACAAUUUAUAUGAAGUUAAUAUAAGUUCUGCUGAAAUAUAUUAUGUCAAUUGUACAUAUAUAUCUAUAUUAUACAUGAUUGUUUAAAAUCUAAAAUUUUCAUUGAAAACAUUAUUCAUUAUAUGUUAUUAUGUUAGCAUAAAUAAUAACUUGUCUCAAUCUUGAAACAUGCUCAAUCCUUUUCACUAUAUAUGAAACUUUGUUUGUUGAAAUUAAUUAGUUUAACUAAAGAAUUGGAAGGUAAUAAAUUACACAAGAUUUUUGGCAUUGGUUGACUAACAUUUACACUUAUAACAUGUCUGAAACACUAUGAAUUUUGUUAGGUUGAAAAGUUGAACUUUUAUUAGAAUAGAGGCCUAUCUUCAUGAAAUUUAUCAAACAAUUGUGGCAUGUAUAUCAGUAUAGAGAAAUGUUAACAAAAUGUAGCCAAUGUAUAACCUUUAUAUCUUGUCAUAGAAACUUUAUAUAGACCAUUGUUAUUCUACCGGUUUGUUACGUUAUAAUUAUUAUGUUAUAAAUGUAAUACUUUUAAAAGAAGUAAAAAAAUCAUUUUUUGAUCAUUUUUGAUAACAUGAAUGUGUGAAUUUUCU